UCAGAGCCAGGUAGUCUGGUUGGCAUGGCAACGAUGGACCUAGUAUAGGGAAAUACACUAAUACCUGUGAGUAAUUGACUUGGACCUUUGCUGAUUUUUUAAAAACAUCUUAAACAUGGCAUAUUAUUGUGUCUGUGUGUGGGGACAUCUACAAUAAGGCGUUCUGCACGAUUGUUAAUAAUGCGCGUAUACUUAGCAAAUUACCUGUUGCUGGUUAAUUAGCUAGCCAAUGUUGUUAGCCAUUUACUGUACGACAGCUACAGUACAGUAAGUUAAAGCGUAUUUCGUGCUAGUCAACUUAAUUGCAGUUUAGCUAUGUCAGGCAACAGUCUUCCACCCGUACGACAUUUGCCACACUGGUCCCGUGUUGGAUGUCUUGAGUUACCACAUCCACGUCCUUGGCCGGCCAACCACGUUGAUACGCCGUCCGAUUCCUCCCCGGCUGUGGACAGAGGCGAAGUCCACUCUUGCCGCGACAUGGAUAUUGUUGCAUCGCUCCAGAGGAAUAUUCAGUUCUUGCAACUACAGCACAAGGAAACCCUACAGAAACUACACGGUGAAAUAGAUGACCUCAGACGGAAAAAUAAAGAGCUGCAGUAUAAGCUGAUCAUGGAGCCUUCAAAGUAUUGCAGAGAAGGUAUUUCUUCAGGAUCAAGCUGCAGGAAUACAAAACUACAGGCACAGUGCAGUGAGAACCAGGCACAGAGGGGGGUCUACCGAGAGCAGUCUUUAGAAGACACAUGCCCAUCUCAAGAUCCAGGGGUCAGCACCAUAGCCCCAGGCGCUACUGUGGCUCACGUCUACAAUGAGGCUGCCCGAGUAGCAAGGCAAGAACACAAGUCAGGGAUAUGGGGAGGCCUCAUCACAUCUCUCAAGCCCCUCCGAAUCCACAGAGACUCAUCCCACCCCCCCCGACCCGCCACCCUGCCAGAGUGUGAAGCCAUCAUACGGCAGCUCUACAACGCCAACCGCCUUCAGUCUCAGGAGAUUACACGUGUGAAGUCUGUCCUCCGAGGCGUUGUGUUCAACAAAAUCACUCAAGAGAACCAGAUAAUGACAAAGGAUAACCUUGCUGACAGCACCAGCAAGGCCGAUGUAGUGAAGUUUCCCCAACUAGUACCACUUCCCAAGAGAAUGUCUGGGAACCAGGCCGGUGUGACCGAGAAAGUCGUCCUCCCAUCGAUCAAAAAGAGCCUGAGCUCCAGCAUUGCAGACAAGCAGAAGAGGACGCAGGCUGUACAGAGGAGCAGGUUGAGGAGAACAGUGCAUUGAGAGACAAACCACACAGCAGGCCCA